AUGGCAGCUUCCCACACGCCAGUAGAAAGUAUGGCUUCGAGGUGCACGCCGACGACGGCGAGGGCCACGCUCACGUUCGAGAUCGCUGGGUACAGCCUGCGUAAGGGCAUGGGAAGAGGCAAAUCCGUCAGGUCAGCUCCCGUCUCCGUUGGCGGGUACAAUUGGUGCAUCGGUUGCUGUCCUGACGUCGGAACUGGUGAAACCAACGACUACCUAACAGUCUUCCUCAUGCUCCUGAGCAAUCCCGCUGAACCGAGGGCGCUCUACGACUUGAGAUUGGUUAACAAGGCCAGGGGGCUUUCCUCGUCGGUGGUCUCCUGCUUAGAAUCACCCAUGGUGUUCAAUUGCGAUCACAAUCCUAUUGCCUUGGAGGCCAUCGAGAGAAGCAGGCUGGAGGGGUCUAGGCUACUGCAGGACGACUGCCUCGUGAUUGAGUGCGACCUCACUGUGUUCAAAGAGCCACUUAUUGUUGACGAAUCUGCGGGGCUCCAGAUACCACCAUCAAACUUGUCUGAGAACCUAGGAAAUUUGCUGAAGACAGGGGAGGAAGCAGACGUGACAUUUGAGAUUGAAGGGGAGAUCUUUCCAGUGCACAAGAUUGUUCUUGCUAUGCGGUCGCCGGUCUUCAAGGCACAACUCUAUGGACCGAUGAGAGACAAGACGAUACAGAAGAUAACUGUCGAAGAUAUGCAGCCUGCUGUUUUUGGUGCGUUGCUUCACUUCAUCUACACGGAUUUGUUGCCUUCCAUGGAAGAUCUUGAUGAUGAUGAGAAGAAAGAAAUGGUUAAGCACUUACUGGUUGCUGCAGAUCGGUAUGCAAUUGAAAGGUUGAAGAUGAUGUGUGAAGGUAUUCUCUGCAAAAAUCUUGAUGUCGAAUCUGUUGGUACCAUGUUAGCUCUAGCUGAUCAGCAUCAAUGCAUAAGGCUCACAGAUGCGUGCGUUCAAUUUCUCAUUUCUUCAUAUAAUAUGGAUGAUGGGAUUGCAAGCCAAAUAUCUGUGCACUUAAAUAAAGUAUGCCCUGCUGACUUACGAGGUAUCUUGGAGAGACUAGCGCUGUCUCACAAAAUUUAG